AUGGGAAAGCAUUGGAUAGCUGCAAUCAAUAAGAUGUCUUUUGAAGUUAGUUCAAGAUCAGUCGAUAAUUUAAGAUGGAAUAUUAUCAAAUAUACGAAAUUAUUUCCAUGCCGAAUCGAAAUUUGCUCCAAUAUCGGGCAGUUAUUCGUUGUUUUAAAUAAAUCUCGACGAUGUUUAAAUGUUUUUAAUGGAUCUUCUGUUCUUGAAGAGUUUUCACUGAUAUCGAUUCCAAAGCCUAUUGUGAAAAGUCGUGAUCAGGAUUUGCUUUUUCAAGUUAAUAAACAUAAUGGUGUCGUUUUAACGAGAUUUCGCAUCAAAUUUAUGUUAACAGAUGAGCAUAUAAAUAUUUCUAAUUAUAUAUCAUUUUUCAUUAAUAUAAUACCAUCGAAAGCAUUUGCUAAUGAUUCUUUCUCAAAUAUGUCGGCUGAUUUUAUUCACUCGCAACCGAUUAGCCAGGAUGAAUCGUUCCAAGUUACGCAGUCAGGUUCUUUUAUUAUUGAUAAUUUUUCACAGCCUCAAUAUGUGAAUCAUUUGAACGAAUAUAAUAAAGAAUGUUCAAAUUGGCAAAUUGCUUUCCCUGACAAUAAGUCAUCGGAGGUAAUGCCUACAAAAAAUUUUGCAAUGGCGGUCGAACCUUUGGGUGUGCCACUUGCUGCGAUGAAACCUAGUGAUCAAGUGGUUCCAGUCCUAAUUGAUCCAAAUCUUAGCUUAGCGUCCACUCAGUCUUACGAUAAUGAUUCGAUGAAUAAUCCCUCGCAAUUUUCGUUACGAUACAGCCAGAUAUCGAAUCACAUCAAUCCUUCAACAGAAGCAGAAACACAAACGACGAAUGAUUCCAUAACAAUAGAUGAUAUGCUACUGCGUGAAGAUUUGUUGGAAAAAAUAUUGUUCUUAAAACUGAAUGAGCCUAAAUUCAUAGCUCUUGUUGAAAAAUGCACUGCUAUAAUGGAUCGGAUAUAUACUAUUUCUUAUUAA